UCAGAUUUGAACUGGGUUUGGUCCCGGGGCUGCGGACAGAAGAGCAGCCGCUCCGGGAGACGAGGCGGCCUCACCUGUUUGUUUCUGCGGAGCUUCUCCUACCGGCGCCUCGCUUGUUUCACUUCAGCUCGUUUAAAUCAGCUCUCCGCCUGUUUUAAAGCUGAUCUGAGGUCUGCUAACGCUAACCCUGCGGUUUAACGGCGCCGCUCGCUCAGCAGCAUGCUAACGCCAGCUAGCCUGCGAGCUAACUGACUGCUAACUGGAGCUCAGGUCAUAACAAACAGGUCCGCGGUUAGUUUGAAAGUUUACAGAUUUAAUUUAGAUUCAGUUUGAUCCGUCUGACCGGCCAGCAGCUCAGGGCUCGUUGUUAAAAUCACCGAGGUGGUUCGUCAGUGUGUGACCUGUUGACCUCAGACAGACAGACAGACAGACAGACAGCAGGAUGGAGCUGCAGGCUCACACAGCAGAAUAUUUCUCUCUGGCUGAUGAGAAGUUUGACUUUGACGUUUCCCUCUCACCUGCCAGCUCCAAAGAGGAUGAGGUGGAGGAGGACGAGGUGUUUGUGGGGCCUGUUGGCCACAGGGAGCGCUGCGUGUCUGUGGGCGUGGAGAGGCAGGUGGCGGCAGGUGAGCCGGGCUGGAGCCCGCUGCCCGGCGAGCAGUUUGACUCCAUCAGCCAGGAGGCAGAGCAGCUGGCCAAUCAGCUGCGGAGCAACGUGGCGGCUGACAAGGACACUGAAGACUUUGUGCAGGAAGCCGAAGCCAAACUGGGCAUGCUCAGCCAGGCGGCCGGCGCCCUCAGCCCCAUCAAGAGAGAGACGUUCUGUGUGCAGGACAGUCCCAUGAAGCAGCUGCCGCCCGCCAUCCAGCAGCGCCUGCUGAAGGCCGCCGCCGCCGCCCCGGGCACCAAGCCCCGCCUCAGCACCUCCAGUCCUGUGAGGGGCGCCAGGCUGCCGGCCAACUCGCUGCUGAGAGAGAGGGCGGGGCUGAGCGUAGGCACCGUGCUGCCCAGCAGGCCCGCGGCUCCGCCCACUUCCUCUUCCAAAAGCCGAGCAACAUCAGAGAGGAGCUGCAGGCAGCCGCCCAGCAAGGUGGCUCCGCCCCGUCCGGCCAGCAGGGCGGCGUCCUGUGACGACCUGCUGUCCGACUCUGCCAGCGUGGCCUCUGACGUCAGCGACUCCUCCCUCAACUCCAGCCUGCCGGGCAGGCGAGCGCUGGCUCCGCCCACCAAGAGCCGCCUUCGGAACCCUCCAGCUGUCAAAGCCCCGCCCCCUCAGAGCAAGAGAGCGUCAGACAGGAGGAAGACGUCCUCCUCCUCCUCCUCAGUGUCCAGCUUCAACUCCAGCCUGUCCUGUUCUCCUGCUGCCAAAGGAAAACUCAACUCGUCUCUGAACACCAGUGUCCCGCCUCCUGCCGCCAAAGCUCCCAGCAGCCUCGGCAGACCGGCCAAUCCCGGCGCAGGUGUGGCCAAACCCCGCCUCCCGCCGGCAGAGCGUCCGGCCGGCAGCGGCGGCGCUGCAGCGGGGCGGCGCUCGCUCUCCGUCCAGGCCAGGAAACCGUCGGAGGUUGGCCGCUCCACGCCGCUGAAGCCGAGCAGAACCGGGCUGCCACACCCGGCGCCGGCGCUCCACACCCCCGCCAAGACCGCCACGCAGAGGAGCGGCUCCCUACCCAGCAUGCCCUGCUCUGCCAGCUCAGCCCGCCUGCACAGCAACAACAAACCCAAAGUGCCGGUCGCCCCGACGCCCAGUGGGCCAAUCAGAGCAGUUUCCUCUCCAGAUGCAGCCCGGAGCCUGAAGCCCAAGAGACUGAUGGCAGCCAGCAGUCCUCUGCGGUCGGCCGUGCAGGCGGCGGACCAGGUGACGCCCCCUGCUGGUGGCAGCAGGUCUCUGCAGUGUAAGGCCCGCCGCGCCUCGGCCCUGCCCACCCCGCUCAGCCGCAGGACGUCCUGCAUCCCGACCAGGACGCCCGGCAGCCUGGCCCGGCCCGUCCGAGCCGGCCCCGCCCCCAGCUCCGCCCGGACACCCACCCGCAUCAGCUUGCUGCCUGUUGCCGUCCAGCCGUUCAGCCUAGAGGAGGCGGAGCCUCCGGCCCCAGCCGCCUCUCCGGACGCAGGGCGGAGCUUCAGACAGGACAGUCCCGAGCCCGCCACCGACCUGAUAGAACUGCAGUCUGCUGAGGGGGCGGAGCCUCAGGCACAGGACGUCUGCUCUGUUGAGGGGGCGGAGCCACGGGCACAGGACGCCCAGAAACAGGACGUCAUUGAGGUGCUGCUGCUGGAUCUCCCUGCUCCGACUCUGCAGCCGCAGGAGAAGCUGCUCAUCGACCUGAGAAACACACCUGAGCUGAUCCGCACCGCCAGGCCCUGCGGGGGGGGCGGGGCUCUGCAGCUGAUCGACCUGAGCUCCCCCCUCAUCAAAUGGAGUCCGGAGGACAGGAAGGAGAACGUCGAGGCUCCGCUCAUCAACCUCUCCUUCUGAUCUGAACCAGGAAGCUGGCAGCCCGCCUCCUGUCCAAUCAGCAGCCGGCGUCCCAGCAGCUCGCCGUCUGACGCCGAACACUUUAGAGAAGCAGCCGCUUCAUGUUUUUAUGUUGGAAAUCACAAAAUGAACGUGUUGCAGCUUUGUGAAGGAGAAGUUGUAUCUUUAUUUGUUUUCAAAUCUGAAAUGUCUGAAUAAAUGUUGAUUAUUUAACUGGA